CGCCUGCGCGCACACAGUUGGCGGCCGCGCGCAGGACGCUCAGGGCCGGGAUGGCGGCGGUGGCUCCUGGAAGCGGGGCUUCCCGGGAGGAGGAGGGUACCGGUGGGGACGCAGCCACUCCGCAGCCCCCAGCCCCGACGAGUGCGCCCGGAGCUCGUCUCUCGAGGCUGCCUCUGGCUCGAGUGAAGGCCUUGGUGAAGGCGGACCCCGACGUGACUCUGGCGGGACAGGAAGCCAUCUUCAUUCUGGCACGCGCCGCGGAACUGUUUGUGGAAACCAUUGCAAAAGAUGCCUACUGUUGUGCUCAACAAGGGAAGCGGAAAACUCUUCAGAGGAGAGAUUUGGAUAAUGCAAUAGAAGCUGUGGAUGAAUUUGCUUUUCUGGAAGGUACUUUGGAUUGAUUGCUGAGCUGGGCAGUUUUGUGAGCCUGUACCUGCAUCCUUCAGCUAGACCCUCUGCAGGCCUCAGCUUUGAAGAAGAGUCUUUGAAAUGUUGAACUUACACAUUUUUUUCUGUUCUAUGUUCACCUAAGCCUGAAUAAGCCUGUUAGCUUUAAUCUACAAGGUCUUCCACUACUUGGGUCUUCCAUUUCUGGCCUGGAUGCAGCUGCUUGUGGUAGAAAUAUAGAAAGUGGUUUGUGUAGGUUGGUUAAUAAAGGAUAAGGACCAAAUAAAGGUUUCUGAUCAACUUUA